AUGGAACUCUGGCAUGACAUGAAUAUGUGGCUUAUUGUUACUAGUCCCAAGAGGUCAAGGAGGGACAGGAAAACAUUAGAGGAGAAGUUAUCUAGAAACUCUAGUUCUCAUGUUGAAGAUAAUAAAGAUCGGGAUCAGAAACAUGGGCUUCAACAUGAGGGGCAAGAUAUGAUACCCCAUGAGUGUUCAUCAGCACUUGAUUCUAAGCCAGAAUAUGGGGUUAGCAAAGGAGCAAACAGGAACAGUGAUAGGAGGGAUAGAAGGACUAAACAUUCAAUGAAUCCCACUGAAGUACCACGAUCAAGAUCUUAUUUUCAGCAUGUCAAACGUGGUAAUGAUGGGCAAGUUGGUCAAAGCUUUGGUCGGAGUGCAACUAGGGAGCGUGGUUGGUGGAAGGACUCAAGGGAGAAGGAGAAGGAUAACGAUAGGGCAUCUGGGAAGGGAACAGCUUAUAAUUCACAGCAAAGAAAUGAGAUGCCACAAGCCGUGAGAGACGAUAGCCACCGUGAUGAGUCUUCAAAACUGGAGGAUUCAAGUGUACUUGCUGAUACAAAGCCGUGA